AUGGUGUGCGCAGAAAAGCAAAGAUUUGAAGUGGGUGGUGUAAAUGAAAACCUACUUCUACCUAGCCAAAUCGAAUUCAUCGAGGAUGGUGAUAAAGGGAAGCUCGAAGGGGAGCACAGUUUGAGCGGUCUCAGCCGUCGGGCCAACGUUACUCAAAUCGAGCGAAAACUGUGUGAAUCGAUUGCGAUUACUCGUGCAAACCAAAGUACUAAACUUCGAAGUAUGACUGAGGCUAGAACGGUGGAGUUCUGUUACACAACAGGACAACGGAUCACCAAAACUCAGACCGACAAUCAAUGCGAUUACUAA